AUGCAUCUCAAGUCAUUCCUUUCCUCUGUAAUUCUACUCGCCAGCGUGGUCGCCAAUGCAUUUGCGGUCUCACAGGACGACAGCAGCCUUUUGGUGCACUCUCCCGGGGCGGAGUACAGGCCUGCCGACUUCCUGGUGACUGGGAGGGAGACUGGGCUGCCUACUAAAAUGUCCCAGAGGCGCUCAACAGACUUCCACCACCUGACGAAUGCGGACCGACUCGCCAGGCGACUUCCACUCAAGCCCCCUGUUCGAAAGAGUUCACGCAGAGCUGCCGUACAGCGACCUUCGCCCGGCCCCAUAGAAACCAUUCGAGGGAAGAUUUCCGUCGUCAACGAUCAAGGCCAAAGCAUGGGUUGGUUGAGGAACCAAAACGACGUUUACCUUGGAUUCUCCACAGACUCGGCCUCCGCCUUAACCGUGUCUUUGUCGGUCGAUUCGUUGCAAUCGUCCCCCAGUCAAGUCAGGGUCACCUUCUUGAACAGCAAGCGCCCGGAACCGUACCUCGGUUUGGUGCAGGGCAGGGAUAAUGUUGGCGACAGUGUCGGAGCUCCUGACUCGUUCAACUACUUGUAUCUCAACUCUAUUGCGGAACCAGGCACCGCACCCGGAUCUGGUGGAUCCAACGCUGCAAACAGCAAUGCGUGGAGCGCUGCCACUCGGACCCCGCGCAUUGGGCAGAGCGAUGUUUGGACUUUUGAUCGCAGCAGCAAUCGCCUUAUUCCAUACUGGAUCAACCCUGACUUGUCCUCCUAUGGACCAAUUGAGAUCUACACACAAAGCAACGUUUUGUACGUUCUUCCAAACCCGGGUGGAUUCAUGGCGAGAUUCCCUAGCCCUCUUGGGGGUCCUUACCAUCUGGUCUUUGUUCCAGACGCCCCGAUAGUUCCUUGA